AUGUUCUUGGAGGUCUGGAUGUACUUGUCCAGCAGAUGUGCCAGCACCUCCACAUUCUGGAGUUUGGGAGAGAAGAAGGCUUUGGCCUCCCGUUUAAACUCCAGGAUCAGAGGACAGACGCUCCGCGCAGCUGUGAUGACCGCCUGGACGUAGUCGAGGCCGAUCUCCUGGGGCAGGAUCAGCAGCUGGUUCUUGGUGAACACGUGGAGAGACGUGACGGCCAGCGUCUCCGCCGCAUCCAGGAAGCAGUCCAGCUCCUCCAGACCUUUCAGCGUUUUAAAAGGGAGGCCAAAGCCUUCUUCUCUCCCAAACUCCAGAAUGUGGAGGUGCUGGCACAUCUGCUGGACAAGUACAUCCAGACCUCCAAGAACAUCUGCGAGAAGAUGGAUAAAAGCUGUUUGACCGACUUCAGCCUGAAGACCAGUGAACCUGCGGUGGAGAUCUGUGUGGACAUGAUGGACCCAAACUUCCGGAUGGUGUUCUUGUUUCAGGAGGAAUUGUAUCAAGGCUUCAUUCAAGAGUUCAGAGAGCGGCAGCCCCGGAUGCUGGAGUUCCUCGGCCAGCUGGAGGAGAGCGCAGUUCAGCUGGACAGGAUGAACAAAGGGGCGAAGAUCUCUAGCGUGGCCGGCAGCUCUGUGGGCGCCGUCGGGGGUGUGCUCUCCAUCGUCGGCCUGGCCCUCAUUCCAGUCACAGCUGGGGUGUCUCUGGCUCUGACCAUGACUGGGGUUGGGCUGGGGGUCACCAGCGGAGUCAACAGCCUGUUGGCAGACCUUUGCUCAGAGAAUCCUGAAUUCUCCUCCAUGAAUCCAUCCCAGAACGCAAGAGUGCGGCUCUGGCUC